AUGGGGUCCAUUCUGAAACAACUCAGUUCAUUGUUGAAUUUAAAAUAUUUAUGGCUUGAUGGUAACAAUCUCACUGAAACCAUCCCACCAUGGAUAGGAAACUUUUCUUUGUUGAGUAUUCUUUAUCUUGGUGACAACAAUUUUCAAGGAAGCAUACCCAAUGAGCUUGGGCAUAUAACAGGCUUGGAGAAGUUCUUAGUUCAUAUUAAUGAUCUAUCUGGUAUAAUCUCAUCCCCAAUCUAUAAUAUUUCUUCCAUAUCCACUUUUUUUGUUGGCGUUAACCAGUUGCAUGGAGAGCUACCACCAAAUCUCGACACUAUGCUUCCUAAUCUCAUAAAACUUCACUGUUGUACGAACAAAUUCAGAGGAAAUAUUCCUAUAUCAUUGUCAAAUGCUUCUAGACUUCAGGUGCUUGAACUUUCUGAAAAUGGCUUCUCUGGGACAUUCCUUGGUGAGAGUCUAGGAAACUUGAGAAGCUUAAUUUGGCUAAACAUACAUGACAAUCGAUUGUUGACAUAUAUCCAACAAUCCAUAGCCAACCUUUCGACCCAACCUAAUGUUCUUAGUUUGGGGGGAAAUUUUAUACAUGGAAACCUUCAUAGGGGAAUUGGAAACCUUAUAAACUUGACUGCUUUAGAAUUAGAAGAUAACCAUUUGAGUGGCAAUGUCUCGCAUGAAAUUGGGAAGCUAGAAAAGUUAAAGGAACUGUAUUUGGAUGUUAACCAAUUUUCUGGGUCAAUCCCAUCAUCCCUUGGUAAUAUGACUUCAUUGUUAUACAUGAACAUAGACUCAAACAGGUUUGAGGGUAGUAUACCUCCAAGUCUUGGAAAUUGUCACUACCUAUUAGAUCUUUACCUUUCCAGUAACAACCUUACGGGAACCAUACCUAAAAUGCUUAUGGAGCUUUCAACCCUUUCAAUUUCUCUAGACCUGUCUGACAAUUAUUUGACUAGUCUGAUGCCCUUUGAGGUGGGUAAUUUAGUGCAUCUCACGGAGCUAAAUGUAUUAAGAAACAAUUUAUUAGGUGAAAUCCCACGCACCCUCGACUGUUGUACUAGUUUGGAGUGCUUGUAUUUGCAAAGUAAUAAGUUUGAAGGAACAAUUCCUCAAUCUCUUAAGAAUUUGAAAGGCUUGGAAAAACUUGAUAUUUCAAGCAACGACUUGUCUGGGCCAAUUCCUGAAUUCAUAGGCAAGCUUGGUGCUCUCAAGUAUCUCAAUCUUUCGUAUAAUGAUUUUGAGGCCAAGUUGCCUAAAGAUGGUAUUUUUGCAAAUGCUAGUGGUGUUUCUGUUCUUGGAAAUCAUAGGCUUUGUAGUGGCAUCCCACAAUUACAUCUACCUCCAUGCCCCCCAAAAAAACACCAUUCAUCUCGAGGACUACACUCCCCAAAAGUAGUCAUCCCCAUAGCAUGUGUACUUGGAAUCAUAAUUGCUCUAUCAUGCUUCUGUGGUGCUUGUUCAAUGCUAGAAAAGUCAAGAGAUAGACUUGUAACUUCACAUUCUUAUCAGGAUUGGAAAUCAAGUGUCUCCUCCUUACAACUCGCUGAAUCAACUAACAAGUUCUCUGUGGAUAAUCUUAUUGGUUUCAGAAGUUUUGGUUAUGUUUAUAAAGGGAUAAUUCCUAAUGAUGGAACAGUAGUUGCGGUUAAGGUACUAAACCUUCAACAACAAGGAGCUUCCAAAAGUUUCAUAAAUGAAUGCAAAGCUUUAAGGAGUAUAAGGCACCAGAAUCUUCUCAAGAUCAUAACUGCGUGCUCGAGCAUUGAUAAUCAGGGCAGGGACUUCAAAAGUCUAGUUUUCGAGUUCAUGGCAAAGGGAAGUUUAGACUCAACGUUGUAUCCAAGAUACAAGGAGGAAUCUCCAAGCAAAAGAAUGAGUUUUAUGCAAAGAUUGAACAUUGCCAUUGAUGUUGCUUCUGCAUUAGAUUAUCUCCACCACUUAUAUGGUAGCCCAUGUUGGGAUUUUGGUUUAGCAAGGUUCCUCUUUGAAACAUCAAAUGAUUCAUCCUUCAGUCAAACACUGUCAUCUCAGCUAAAGGGUUCUAUAGGCUACAUUCCUCCAGAGUACGACAUAGGAGGCCAAGUUUCCAUACUUGGAGAUGUUUACAGCUAUGGGAUACUAUUGUGUGAAAUGUUCACAGGAAAAAGACCUAUUAAUGACAUGUUCAAGGGCGGUUUAACCAUUUACCAAUUUGUAGCCUUGGCUUUGCCAGACCAUGUCAUGGAUGUUAUUGACCAUUCAAUUAUUCUCAACCUCGAAACAGAUGGUGGCGUCAACAAUGACAUAGUGCGAGAAUGA